UAUUGUUUUUAUUAAGUCAAAAAAAAAUUUUUUUUUAUUCUAAAACGUUUGCAUAACUUUAAGUGUUUAUUGGUAAUAUUAAUUAAUGAUACAAUGUGAGCUUAAAUUAAAACAACCUACGUCCAAAACUAUCGUAACCUAAUGUUUUAAGAAUUUGGCAAAAACACUGUCUACUUCCUUGUUUGCAAAAUGAACACAAAAAAUUUUCUAUUUUUAAAUCUCCCUCAUGACAGAGAAAGUCUAAUAGAUGAAUAUGAAAUUGAAAUGUAAUACGGCAAAGUGAAAUAUAUGUAUAUAAAUUAUAAUAUAUUAUAGUUAUUUUAGCAUGGGUAUACAUUAAAUCUAAGUGUAAACAUAAAAAAAAAUAAAAAGCGACUAAAGUGUAAAUGUUUCAACUUUUUGGUCAUAAACUUAUUUUGAAACAAUGAGCAUAUUACUUUUUUAGAAGAAAAAUUUCAAAGUUCAAUUUGUGUGAAAAAAUUUGUGUACUAAAAAAAAUUGUAGAUGCCAAAUUUCAUUUCGACGACUUGCUUUUAUUUCCAAAAGUAGUAAAAAAAAACAGGCAUAAGGUUAAAACAAAACAAACUGUCUUAAAGGGAAAGCAUUUUAAGAAUCUCGAACUAACACAUAUUGUGUUAUCUAUUUAUGAAUAUAUAUAUACAUAUAUAUAAUAUAUAUAUUUAUAUAUGUUUAUACUCAAAUAUUUUUAGUUAUUUAUAAAUAUAAAUUUAAAAAUAAAACAUCACAAUAAACUAUAAUUUAUGAUUAGAUUUUUGAAAUGUUACACAGAAAAUUAUUGUCUUAAUAUACAAAAUAUAGAAGAAGUUAGGAAAAUCGUAAGCUAAGAAAAUCAUAAAUUUAAUACAAUUCAAAUAUGUUGAAAUCGUCAUGGCAAAAGCUGCCAAACAACAAGAGGAGAAUAUAGUUCCAGCAGUAUCUAUAUCUAAAAUAUCACCUUCAAGUCCUUCAACAGCAUUAAAUUUGUCUUCGUCCUUUUCAGAAGUUUAUUAUAGUGACAAUGAAACAAGCAAUACGAAAAAUUACGAUAAUCGCGUUGUAGAUCCGCAAUCUCUUUCACCAACAUUAAAGCAUCAUUUAAAUUUUUGGCAAAAUAAAAAAAGGCAGGGACGAAAGUCUAAUAUUGGUGCCAAUGGUCGAGAUAAAAGAUUACUCAAGAUUGACUCGGCCAUUGAAACUGAUGAAGACAUCGAAUCUAUAGCAAAGCAAAUUUCUGAUCAUGCUGAAAUUAUAUAUCAAAAUUGGAAAGCUCGUGGUUUAGCUCCAACGGAAAUAUUUGAUUGUCAAAUUUCAACAAACUCUUUACGUUUUUUACAAAGCAAUUUCGAAUAUCCAAUUUCAGAAUAUUUAAUAAAUUCACCGGAUAUGUCUAAUAAUAAUUUAAAUAAAUUAGUUAGUAGUUUCAUAAAUGAAGAUAAAGCGAGACAAUUAACAAAUAAUAAAAAAGUUGAUGCUGCAGCUGUUAACAUAAAUACUAACACUGGUUAUAACACCGAUAUAACAGAAGGGAGUAAUAAUAAACGUAACUCUCUGAAUAUAACAUCAGGCACCAUUAGAGAUACGCUUCGAAAAUUUGAGUCAAUUAAUACAAGUUCAAAUACCAAACCAAAUUUUUUAACCACAAAGCAACUUUCUAGUCUAAACUCGAAUAUUUCUGUAACUUCCAAUGAAAGUUAUAAAGCGAAUAAUUUUCAAAAAAUUUCCAAAUCUUAUAAAAAUGUGCCAAACGAAACAGAACCUGAAACGAAGCCAUGGGAAAAAUCGAAUGAAUCUUUAAUCAGUAGUGAAUCAUCAAAAACAAUAUCAGUACAACAAUUAUCAAAUGGUUUACCAGGUCCACAAUCAGUUAAGCCACGAACGCCUGUUAAACCGAAAAAUUUACUAAAACAUCUUAAUCAAAAUCAGGAAUCGAAUGAGGAUGUAAAAUCUUCGUCUUCUUCUUUAUUGAGUGCAAGUGGACGAAAAACUUCCGUAAUAUCUUCAUUUGGUAAACAACAAUCGCCUAAUCAAAAUCUUGACAAUGGCGGUAAGGUUGUUGAAAGCGUAUCAAACUCUAACGCAAUUACAAAUACAAUGAAAUCAUCCACAGUAUUGGAAAAUAAACAAACAUCAACACAGCGACAAAAUGAGACUGAAUGCAAACUUUCUGAAAAGAAAUCUAUUGUUAGCACUAAACAACAAAAUAAUUAUAGUUUACCAACAUUGCCUACGUCAUCACCACUUAUUGAUUCUAUGAGCAGAGAAGAGCAAUUAAUUACAACACAGUCUCAUAAAAAUCCAACAGAUUUAUUAGUUGAUGUUAUACGAGAAGAAGAGCAUUUAUUAAAUUCUUUAAAAUGUGUUGCACCACAAAAUAAAAGCGAUAGCAAUGUCAAGAUAGAUAAAAAAAACAAAGACUUAAAACACAAAGUUACUGCGCAACAUCAGUAUAUUAAAAAUAUAAAAAAUGAAAACAUUGUGCAACCGUCGAUUGCCAGUAAAGAGAAAAAAAAUAAUGUAAUUGAAGAGAGAGGUAGUCAAACACUUUUAAAUAAUAAUAACGUUAAUAAAAGUGAUCCAGUCGGAAAUACAUCGGGUAUUGGAUCUGUGUUCAAUAAAAGUAAAUCGCCAAUAAAUAUUGAAACAUCACAAUUUUCAACUGCAACUACAAACAGGGUUGAGCAGUCUGAAAAGAAUGAUUCAGUUGAUAACAUAUUAUUACCUUCAAUGAAAUUAGUUUCAUCAUCGAAUAUCGUAAAUAAUAAAACGGACGUUAUAACAAAAUAUUCUACAAUUGCUAAUUCAGCACCAAAACCAUCUAGUACUAGACCAAAAAUGCGUUCUAAAAAUGACGCUGUUGUACAAAAUAAUGCAAAUACACCGGAAAUAUCCAAAAUAAAUAAAAAUUUUAAUCCAGUUCAGCCGUUUUUGGCACGUGGUUCUGUUGCGGAACGUAUUAUGAUGUUCGAAAAAUGUCCAGAUGUUAUAAUAUCACCUUUUAGAAAUGUAAAUAAAGAUACACAACUCAAGCCCAAGUUACAUGCCGUACAUGCUGUAAUACCAAAGUCUGAACCACAAAGUCAUACUACCUUACAAAGAGCUGUUAGAGCAUCAAAUGCUAAAAGUUGUUAUAUUCCAAGAUUUCAUUAUCCUCAUGGGAAACCUUUGCCAAAUAUAGCACAGGAAACUAUAAUUCAACAAGUAAAAGCUGCUUUUGAUGCAUUUCCAAAUAACCAGUGCGGAAAACAAGAUUUUCACAAAAUUUUAAAAUUAUGUAAUGUGCCAUUUUAUUGGCGAAUGCCAUUUAUAUCUUGUUCUCAAAUUAUGUCAGGUUCUCUUAUUGAUGGUUAUAGAUUUGUGGACUUUUGGAAACAAAUGUCGGUCUAUUGUCAUGAUUCAGAAUCAAAAUUUGUUUAUAUUUUAUCUCGGGGUCAAAGAUCGCGUCCAUUUAUUUUACCUGAAGAUUUAACACCAUUAGUGCAAGAUGUAGUUGAUACACAUCCUGGCCUUGCUUUCUUGAAAGAGGCAUCUGAAUUUCAUUCACGAUACAUUCACACAGUUAUAUCAAGGAUAUUUUAUACUGUAAAUCGCAGUUGGUCAAAUCGAAUUACUGUAUCAGAAUUACGAAGAUCAAAUUUAUUACAGGUUAUACAGCUUUUAGAAAACGAGGAAGAUAUUAAUCAAAUUAUGGCAUUUUUUAGUUAUGAACACUUCUAUGUUAUUUAUUGCAAAUUUUGGGAAUUAGAUCGCGAUCACGAUUUAUUUAUUGAUCAAAAUGAUUUAGCUCAACACAAUAAUCAUGCUCUCUCAACAAGAAUUAUUGAACGAAUAUUUUCAGGCUGUGUAACACGAGGAGAAAAAAAUCGUACGUCGAGUAGUUGCGAACCAAAAAUGUCCUACACAGAUUUUGUUUGGUUUCUUUUAUCUGAAGAAGACAAAAGUAAUCCAACAUCUAUUGAAUAUUGGUUUCGAUGUAUGGAUCUAGAUGGGGAUGGUGUAAUUUCAAUGUAUGAAUUAGAAUAUUUUUAUGAAGAACAACAAGAACGUAUGUUUUCACUUGGCAUUGAAACGUUGCCUUUCGAAGACUGUUUAUGUCAGAUGUUGGAUAUGAUAAAACCGAAAAAAGCUGGUCAAAUAACUUUAGGUGAUUUAAAACGUUGUAAAAUGACAUCCGUGUUUUUUGAUACUUUCUUCAAUUUGGUUAAAUAUUUAGAAUAUGAACAAAGGGAUCCAUUUGCUAGUCAAAAAGAAAAUGACGAUAUGACGGAUUGGGACAGGUACGCUGCUCAAGAAUAUGAGUUGCUAGUUGCUGAAGAAAACGAUGCUCAAGGCGAACCUGAAAAAAUUUUAACAUAUAAUGAAUACCUAAAAAAAAAACAGAAAAAGUAAACCUGAAAUUUGAGAGACACAUAAUUUGAAAAACAAUUGUCUAUUAUCGGAAGCGAAAAAUAUAAUAUAAAAUUUUCCCUAAAAGUUUUAAAAAUGCAAAUUUAGUUUUAUAAGUCAUAUGAGGAGGAUGAUGACGACUCGGAAUCAGCAUUUGAUAUUGACGACAUCAAUUCGAGGCAACGAUGAACAAAAACUCUUCAAAUAAAUAACAAAUUGAUAUUAACUAAAAACUACAUUUUAAUAUAUCACAUUUAC